AUGGCCGCCCCCGAAUCUCGCCUCAACCAAAUCGUCAAAGGCGCACCUACGACGAAUAUCCAGCCACUGCCCGCUGCGCCCCUCCAUUCUCUCGGAAAACAAUCCUCCGAGCAGCAAUCCUCCCUCGAUCCUCUCCUGGCGACCUUACCUUCCUCCCCUCCUCAGAUCUACUUGAACCUCCUGAUUCUGGAAUCGUCCCUGCGCGCACAGUACCUGCACCUCGUCUCCCGCCGCCGGCUGAACACAUUCUUCCUGCUGUUGCUGGCCGCCUGGAACUGCCUGUUCUUCUACGCGCUCUUCCUACGUCCUCGCGAAGAUGGCACCGGGCUGGGCGGGUCCGUGUACUGGGUCGUGGAAACGUCGGAGAAACUGGCCUUGAUGGGUGGCGUGGUCACGGUUCUUCUCGUUUGGGGCACGGGACAAUGGGAAAGAGGUAUUCGCUGGCCACGGAAAUGGCUGGGGACCACAAACAGGGGCUUGAGGGGUUUCAACCUGCGCGUGGUGAGGAUCAGGGGCAAGUUUUGGCGGGAGAUGCUCGGCCACCUCUCGUUCUUACUGCCCUUUGGUCUGUGGCGUGAAGCCGGCGGCUCGGAUUGGCACCUCGUCGAGCACGAAAACGGGCUCGUGAUCGAAGAAGAUCUCGCCAAGGGAGGGGACGCCAUCAUGCUUCUCUUGCUCCCCAAGUCCUUCUCCCCCGAAUUUCGGGAGAACUGGGAAGAAUACCGCACCGAGUACUGGGAGAAGGAGAACGAGCGGCGGGCAGGAUUGAGGAGGAAACUAAACACUCUCAGGAGAACCAAGGCGAAGGAGGCGGGAGGUUGGAAAUGGUGGACGGGGGCGUGGCGGCUCCAAUCGUCCAGACAUCAUGGCCAGCGACGGCAUCAUGACCUGGAGAAGCAUCCUCACAUGCUACACGGGCCCGGCUCACAUCGCGCAAGUCUAUCAGAAAGGGACGGAAAUGCGCAUGCGCAUGCUCGAGCCCUGAGUGGGACAGUCAGCAAGAGAAGGAGCGUCAACCUCGACUCAGACUCGACCCACAGCCGAAGCCGACAGUCGUCGCGCUCUUCCACGCCACAUCUCGAGUUCGACGUGGCCACUGAACGACCUCUCUCCGAAAGGAUGAGGAGAGGCAGCUCUGUUAGUAGCACCGCUAGCGUCAGGAGGAAACCGGCCAAAGACGGCCGCCGAGACAAGGACGGGAAUCGAGAACGCGGAAGCGACGGCACGCCGCUGGGGACGCCGCUCUUGAGCCCGCUGACCAGCGCCAGCGGCGAAGAUGACAAGGAAGAGCGACGGCGGCGCAGGAAGGAGAGGGAGGCCGCUCGUAAACAGAAAGAAGAGAAAGAACAACACAUCAAGGAGGAGGACGCCCUUAAGCGGAAGAGCAGAAUCAAGCAGGAGGUCAACAAGGCCGAGAACGCCAACGCCAACGAGGCAGGCGAAGGCAGCAGCGUGCCCACCACCCCGAAGAUCGAUCAGGGGUUUUCUCUCAACACCGAGGGAGGAGAUACCAAGACGACGACCAAGGCUGGGCCAGACGUGUCGUGA